UUCAAAAUGGAAGUGAUUGAGGAUUUUAAAACAGUAACUAAUUUAAACGAGUAUAUGCAAAAAUCUCAGUAUUUUGUCUCUAAUUUUGCAAGUUCUAAAAUAGAAUUGAACAUGACAACAAUACAAGCAUUAAACAAAAUAAAAUCAUUUGAAAUUGAGUAUUUCAAUAAAUAUGAUGAGAACGGUGCUGCAACUAAAAUCUUUCAUCUUUUGUUGCUAAAUCCGCCAUCAAAAGCAUGGGAUUUACUAGGAAAAGAGUUAAUUUUAGUUCUACAGUACUGGUUAAAUGCUCUGCGCAAGCAUCUGAUUAUGCAUAGUAACAACUGGUGGCCUUUUUUGAAAUCGAUACUGAAGUUUGUACAGGAAUUAGGACUAAAAGAGAAUAAUCUUAAUGAUGUAAUUAUAAUGAAGACCGCGGAGUGUCUACUAGAACUGGCUACCCAUACAAAACCCGAUAUCAACCAGCGAUAUAAGAUCCUUUCAGCUUUGAAUGCGUGUAACGUCGCUUGCAGCAGGGAAAUACGUAUCGCGUUAAGGCAACAACUUGAAAUCUAUUUUAUAAAACUUGCAAGUUUAUUAUCAUCGUGUGGUGAUGCCGCUGUCCAGUACAGCAUAAUGGAAACAUUACUCCGCUGGUUGUUACCAAGAUAUGUGCAGGAAGUGAGAAAAGAUGCGGCAAUAAAAUGGUUCCCCAACCACUUAUAUGAUAAAGAGACUGUGACUUUAUUUGUUGAGAGGCCUUGGAAGGAUUUUUUUCAGGAUACAAGGGACUUUCUGAACGCGCACAACUCUCGCAACGAUCUGGUAACUUCGGUUGUUUGCAAGAAAUUAAAAAUCGGACAUAUUGCUGUCAUUACGGGUUCAGAGAAAUUCAACAAUUGGCUAGAUUUGAAUACGAGCACUGAAUGCCUGUCGUUGAUGUUAGAGCCGCGUGUGCUGCGCGCGCUGCGCUGCGAACCGCAGCAAGACGCGUGCGAAGCACUAGUUAUUUACCAACUUAAUACUGAUGUUAUUAAGUUACGAAAACUAGGUGAUGAAAUAUCUAUUUUCGUAAAAACAUUAAACCCGGCACAUUUGAUACCGUCUGCAGUCAGCCUAAAUAAUGAAAACUGCAACGAAAUAAAUAUUAUAAUUAGUUCUAAAUGCGACAUAGGCAAAGUUGAUUCAGCAUUACGAAGGAUUUUUGCUGAUAAAUAUCAGGUACUUUUUGACAUUGAAAAUGGAAUUUCCGUAUCCCCGCAAAAGGAAAUUAUUCGUCAAGAUAUAUCUGAGGAAGAUACGACAUUCUCAAUUCCACAAGAACGUAAUAAAACAAAAACAGGAUACGUUGUUAAGUCAAAGGCUAUUGGUUCAUCAUCAUUGACGUCAUCGACAUCGACCACGUCAUUGGCACAGCUUCACGAGAAAUUAAAGGAAUUGCCGUUUUAUGAUAUACAACGUAAUCGUACGAAGAUUUGUCCCGCUUUGUCAACAAUCACUGAAUUGUCAGAAGACAGUUGUGUCAGCAAUAGCACGUUUAGAUUUAAAUCUUUUGGUGUAUGUCAGAAGAAUACUUUUCUUCAAGCGAAAAAAACUGAAACCAAAGUAAAUGAGAACAAAAAAACGAAAUCACCAGCUAUAACUGACGAAGAAAAUAGUGUUAGCUGUCUAUUCGUAGCUACAAUCGGUUCUGCAGACGAAUCCGUGAUAAAUGAUACUCUAGAAAGAUUACCUAGAAAUAGAAAUCCAGAAAAUAUCAUAGAAGAUUUAAUACAAGAAGCUUUGAAUGCCAAAAAUGUUGGCGCUGACGAAAAUAAUGCUAAUUUACAGGAUAAUGUACCAGAUAAACCUGUUUUAAAAGAAAUUACCAAUGAAAUAUCAAAUAAAAGAAAAUCUUGCACAGUAAUAAGUAAUUCGACAUCAGAAGAAAUCGAAGGCACUCAGUUUAGUACAAUUUACCAUAAAAGAAAUAUUAAAGAGAAAUUCGUAAUGAAUGAAACUGAAAUAUAUCCCGUUAAAGUUUCUAAUGAUAAGGUAGAAGAAUUCUUUUCACAACAUUUCUCUAAUAAUCCUGUUGUUGAGGAAAUAAAUCCUUCGUUAGCGAAGAAACAUAACGAGACGGAAUCAGAGUCGAGUGAAGAAAACCCACAAAAUCCUCGCACAGAGAGUGUUAAUAUGAUUGAAUCUGAUAUAGACUUGAACGUUGAAAAUUGCUUGAAAUAUAUUAUAGAUACAAUAUGUACUGAGUUUGAAAAAUGUGAUAAUUUACAUGAUACAUCAAAUGUAAUUAAAGACUCUAUUCAAGAGAAUUUAGAGGAACAUAAUGAAAAUACUAAAGAUGGAGAUUUCAAAAGUCCUGCAGUUAAGGUUGCUAAAACAAUUAAAAAUAUAACAUUAAAAUUUAAAAAUACCAAAAAGGUUAAUGCAAAGAAAAAUCAAAGAAAGACGAAAGUAAAAAAUGAAACUUCCCCAAUAGCACAGAAAGUAGAAACUGCAAAGGAUACGAAUUUCAGUCCUGUUUCCGUUUCGAAUACGAACUUAGAAGAAAAUAAUAAAAAAACUAAACGUACUUUACGAAAUAAACGUAAAUUGUACUCACCCAAAGACGAAGUAUUUGAUGAUAAAAGUGAUCAGAAUGAUGACAUACGUAAUAUUACUACUAGCUUAAAGACAUAUAAAACAAGAGCAUUAUCUUCUUACAAGGAAAUAGAAAAAGAACGCAAUGAAUACAGAAAGAAAUUAAGAACUAAACAACCAAAGGAAAUACGAGAAGUUUUUCUGUCUCCAAAAACUCAAAAGAUGAAUGUCAUAUUUGACACGCUUAAAAGCAAUAUUGAAACCAAUCAAAAUAUAACACUAGUCAACAAAAGUAAUACAUCAAAUAAUGCUAAUGUUUACAAUUUCUCGAGCGACAGUGAAGAUGAUAAUUUUAAAACCACUAAAAUGAAGAAAUUGUCUCCUAAAAGAAGUGCCCUAGAAAAGAAAUCUAAUCAGAAUAAUAAGAAAAAGACAUAUUCAAGAAAAAAUGCUAAACCAAAACUAACUAUUAAGAAGGAAAUACCACUCAUAGAUGAAAGAAUGAGAGAAGCACUUCAGGAAGUACUGGAUACGUCUUUCGAAUUUAGAAGAUCACCAAGAAAUAUCACUAAGGAACCCGAACCAAACAUAAAUACAGAACAUGAAAUGGAUGUUAUAGAAGAAGGUAAAUCUAAAUACAAAACAAGUAACAGAAAGGCUAAUAUUAAAUUAGACAAAAAUAAAAAUUCUCCCUUGAAAAAUAAAAGGACAAAUAUUAAUAAAAUUACCAAUUACAUAAAAAGUAAAGAAAAGUUGGAUACAACGUUAAGUCCUUUACCAGGAUUAACAGUGGAAACAAUCCCUAAUAAGAAUGUAGCUAAUGUAUCCGCUUCACCCAAGAGAUUGGAAAAAAUUAAAGAAAUGUAUGUUGACAGUCCUGGAAGAUUCGAAAAUACGAAUACAACGCAUAAUUUAUUGAAGGAUUUGGAUCAAACGAGCGAUUGUGGCUUCCAAGUGAUGGAACAUUUUGCUGAAAUUCAUCAUAAUUCUCAAGAUUCACAAUCUUCGAGAAUAUUACGUUCUCGGAAUAAACAAUCGCCCACUAAGAAGAUUACCGUCGUAAAGAAAUCUAUUAAGAAGAACAAUAAGAAGAAUAAACGAAGAGAUGAGAUCGAUCCAACAAGAUAUGUUAUAGAUAUUUCAGCGGAUUCUAACUCUGAAAAAUCUAUUAACACAGUUGGGAUAUGCCCUAUAACCGCACAUGGAGACUUCGAACUGUGCUGUAACGAUUUACCACCAGAUCGGGACAUUUUAAAUAAAACUAUCGAACCGAGAAAUCUCGGAUUGGAAGAUGAAAACGAAUCCAUAAAAGAUCUUUAUUUGCAACUACAAAACGAAGUAAUCGAUGAUCAGAUGAAUUCAUCUAGAAAAAGCUAUCGAAAUACUACCGAAAGCGUUAAUAAGAAAUCUCCCUCAAAGAUUAUGAAAACAAUUUCUGAUGAUUAUAUUAGAUAUCUACCAUCACCUCGUGAUUCAGAAAGUAGCUCUAAUCAUACUGUCGAUGAAUUAUUGGGCAAACGUACUACUGUCUCCAAUAAAUCUGAUAAAAAAUCAACUAGGAUAUCUAACAAUUUGAAUAAAAACACAUCUCGCAAAUCACAAAUAUCUCCAAUAAGAUUAUUUCACGAAGAACCAACGAAACGUAAAUCACAAAGCAAUUCUAUAGAAUCGGAUGAUGUUAAAAAAAUAAGAAAUUUAUUUUACAAAUCAAAAUCGAAUAAAGAUACAAAAUCAACAGCAAAUAAAACAUCACAAAACUCUGAUAGUUCAAAGCGAGAAUCUUCGAGAGAUUCAAUAAAUAGAAUUGUUAAGAGAAAACCUUCUGAAUUAGUCGAAACUAAUAAAAAAAGAAAAAUAGAAUCCGUUCAGUCUAAUAGUCCAGUGCAAAGUUCAACAAAUAUUUCGUAUUCUAAUAUCAAUAAUUGGAUAGAAAGCUUGCCCAGCACUAGCACAGCUGGAAUAAAGCACACCCACGAUGACAAUGUUCGAUGUAUUUUAGAGAAGUUGGACACAACGCUCGCAGAAAUACAUCACAACACUGAUAGAAGAUUCAUAAACACAUUUUUGGAGACUCAGAAGCGAUUCAGCGAGCUAAAGCGGAUACACCACGAGGUGUACGAGGAGGUGCUGAACGAUCUCAAUCAUAAGUUCAAAAGGUUGCAAGAAAUGUCAGAUGAAAUAUUCGAAGAUAUGAAAAGUAAAAUGAGAGAUGUGAUCACAGAAGAUAGGAAACAGAAGAUAGCGAUGGUUCAAAUUCUUAAAGAAGAUGUUCAGGCUGUUGUCGAUUUUAACGCGAAGAAGAACAAGUGAGACGAUGAUGUUCACAUUGUCUAAACUUGUAUUAAAACGUAGAAACAUAGGCGUCGCCAA